AUGAGCAUUGACGCCGAUCGCGCGGCUGCCGAGAAGGCCGCUGCUGACAAGAGGAUCGCCGAUGAGGCCGACGCCUCCGCUGCUGCUACGGCCGACUGGCCUACUGGAGGAUAUAACACAUUUACCCCGCUCCUGUUUACUUUCAUGCAAUUUUUGAUCCAUGGUUUUGCUGCUGCACUGAAACCAGCCCCAUUUAUGGGAACAUACUUUAAGCGUUGGCAGACUAAAACCGUCUUAUGGCUCACGGCGAUGAAUGUGUUCUGGGUCGCCGGUGUUACUCCCACGGGAACGAUCACUCCUGAACAGGAGAAGGCGUUCAGGGAGGCCACCGCCGUCUUUGUUGGAUGUGUUCUGAGCGUGAUCGGAGAUAAGCUGGUUGAUGCAUACUUACAUAUAGUGAUUGAGUGUUGCCACCGAGCAUGCCGCCCAGACCUAGGGCUUGCCUUCUUCGGCCGCCUCCUCAAGACAGGCAUCCCGACGAACAUCAUUACCUACAGCAGCUUGUUCAAGUGCCUCUGUGACAUGAAGCGCACAGAGGAGGCUCUGAACGUGCUGCUCCAUAAGAUGCCCAACGACCUGCCUAAUGUCAUCUCCUACUCAGUGAUUCUCAAGAGCUUCUGCGACAAUGGGAGGAGCCAGCUUGCGCUUGAUCUGCUCCAGAUGAUGGCCAAAAAAGGCACUGACCACUCCCCCGACGUGAUGUCAUACAACAUGGUAAUUGAUGGCUUCUUUAAGGAGGGUGAAGUAAGCAAAGCAUGCGAUCUAUUCCAAGAAAUGAUACGACAGGGGAUUGUGCCUGCUGAGGUGACAUAUAGCUCCAUUAUCAAUGCGCUAUGCAAAGCAAGAGCAAUGGACAAGGCAGAGGUGGUUCUUCGAUCAAUGGUUCAUAAUGGUGCCCAACCAGAUGCUGUGACAUAUAAUAGCUUGAUCCAAGGAUAUUCAACUUUGGGACAGUUGAAAGAAGUCGCUAGGUUGUUGAAAGUGAUGAGAAGUCAAGGUGUUAUGCCAAGCGUUGUUACCUACAACUCACUCAUGACCUGCCUUUGCAAGCAUGGAAAAACCAAAGAAGCUGAGAAAAUAUUUUAUUCUAUGGCCGUGAACGGACGAAAACCUGAUGUCAUCUCAUACUCUAUUUUGCUCCAUGGGUACGCUAAAGAAGGAUCCCUCAUUGAUAUGAUUGAUCUCUGUGAGCGGAUGGCAAGAGAUGGAGUUGUACCCAACCUCCAUUGUUUCAACAUACUGAUUAAUGCAUAUGCUAAGCAUGGAAUGAUGGAUGUGGCCCUGCUUUUCUUCGAAGAUAUGUUGAAGCAGGGGGUGAAGCCUAGUGAAUUCACUUAUUUAACUGUGAUAUCUGCAUUUUGCAAGAUGGGCAGGAUGGAUGAUGCGAUGGAAAAAUUCCGUGAGAUGAUUGAUAUGGGAGUACCAGUUGACACAGAAGUUUACAUGUGCAUAGUUGAGGGUUAUUUUAAAAAUGGUGAUUCAGUGAAAGCCAAGGAUUUUAUUACCAAAAUGAAGAACAAGGAUAUUCCAAAUAGGCCGCAGAAGGGUAAUUAUUGA